UCCAUCAUUUUAUGUUUAUAUAUAAACACCAAAACCCAUCAACAAGAACAUCUCAAACACAAACAACACAAAACCCCAAAUUCUCUCUCGACUAAGGAAAGCAAACAUAGCAACGUCCUUACAAGAGCAUACUAGUUGAGCUGCUAGCUUCUUCGCCAUGGCUGAUGAUCAUCAGUUCAACACAAGCAACAACUGGUGCCGGUAUGAGGCCGCCGCCCCCUCCUCAUCUUCUUCUUCCACGAUUAACAACAGCUUUGGCUGGCCAAAUGAAAUGGUAGAUAUUAAAGCAAGACCUUCCCUGGAUUCGGCAUCGGAACCCGAUAAUAGUUCAGUUGUUUUUCAUAAUCCCCAGAAGCUUCAAGGUCCUGGUUCUACUAGCCUUGAUUUGCAAAUGAUUGAUUUAGGACUCUCUUCACACUCAAUGGAUUGGAACCAAGCCUUGCUUCGUGGAGAUAAAACCGAGCCGAGUUUUCGAUCAAUUCUUCAAGACAACAUGAAUUAUCAACAAAUCAAUAGAGGGUUUUCUUUAGAUCAAGCACCAACACAGUUUAGUCCUCAUGGAAGCUCAAGUGAUCAAAGUAGUGCUGUGACAUGUCAAGGCUUGCCUUCUAGUAAUUUUCAGAUGGACUCUUCUUCUCUCUAUGGCAGUCCUUCGACUAUGUUGCAAGGAUUUUUUGGAUCCGAUAAUAGUCAUCAACAGCAACAACAAUCGCCGUAUGAGAAUCAUCAUCAUCGAUCGAUGAAUUACCAGUACGGGGCACCCAAUUACGGCAUGAGCAGUACUAAUGAACUAGUGCCUAAUUCUUGGUCUAAAGUUCCACAGUUCUUGAGAAGUACUACUUCACCUCCUAAACAACAAAGCCAGUUGCCAUUCUCAAACAACGCAGCGUUUUGGAACACGUCCGCCAGCGCCAUGACCGAUGGGAGACCCGGAUUCUUCCCAACAUUGCAACCUCAAUUUCCUGCACAAAGUUUCAAUGAAAAACCAAAAAAUAUAUCUCAUGAAGCUGGAGACUCAAGUUCAGUGGUGAAGAAAAGUAGUAGUGAUCAAUCAGCAUCCAAAAGGACUAGAAAUGAAAACUCAACACCUUUACCACCAUUCAAAGUGAGGAAAGAGAAGAUGGGGGACAGAAUCACUGCACUUCAACAAUUGGUUUCACCUUUCGGAAAGACUGAUACAGCUUCGGUGCUCUCUGAAGCCAUUGAAUACAUCAAAUUCCUCCAUGAGCAGGUCACUGUUUUAAGCACACCAUACAUGAAAAGUGGAGCUCCCAUACACCAACAACAACAACAGCAACAGGUACAGAGUUGUGAGAAAUCUAAGGACGGUGAAGGACCAAAACAAGACCUUAGAAGUAGAGGACUAUGUCUAGUCCCAAUUUCAAGCACUUUUCCUGUCACUCAUGAGACUGCUGUUGAUUUUUGGACCCCAACAUUUGGAGGAACUUUCAGGUAGAUGAUUGAUCAUCGUGUACAUGAAUUCCGCGCACCGAAUCGAUUCUCCUUAUCGAAAUCCCUAGCCAAGUUGGGUAUAUAUGAUGAGGUGAACUGAAAAAAAAGAACGACACAAGAAACACAGUCAAGCACCACAAGUUGUAGAAUUCGUGAAAGAGAAGGCAAUUACCCUCCAUAGGAAAGGCCAUUGUUGGGCUAACAAGAGGCACAUUGAUUCUACUUGGCCAAUAACAUGAUCAUGUGUUGAAGCAUAAUUUUAUACUACUGCCAUUAUUGAAGAA